UAGUGAAAAGUGUAGCUACCACCAGCAAAAUGCACCGAGAGAAUGGACAAAGGGCUGAUGAUGUGUACAUUAAUAUUGACACUGUAAAUGGUCAAUCUGGAAAAGAGAUUGCGGACUGUAACACAACGAGAAUCCAGUCCUCUGGACUCCCAGGAAGUGAUUGUGUGAAGAUGUUAAGCUUCAGAGCUGCUGAAGUGUGUUUGCUGCUGCUGUGUGUUCUUCUGCUGACAGCAAUCCUAGUGCUGUGUGUGCUCUUCACUCGAGAAAGACAACUACCCAACAAUAGCAACUUCACAGAAGACAGAGAUCAGCUACUAACCAAGAUGAUCGACCUAAUUCAACUAAACGUCCAGUUAGUUCAAGAGAAACAUGAACUGACAAAGUUUUUUCAAGAUGGAUGGACUUACUAUCAAUUCAGUCUUUAUUACGUUUCCACUGAGAUGAAGAACUGGACCGAGAGCAGAAGAUACUGUACAGAGAGAGGAGCAGAUCUAGUGAUCAUUAAUAACAGCCAAAAACAAGAUUUUGUAAAGAAAAUAUCCUGUGGAGCUCAAACCUGGAUUGGUCUGACUGACGAUGAUGUGAACGGCACAUGGACAUGGGUUGAUGGCAGCACACUGACCUCUGGGUUCUGGAGACCCGACGAGCCCAAUGGACAUUUAAGAGAGAACUGUACUGUCACUCAUUCAUCAGGGUGGGCUGAUUAUUCAUGUACUAUCUUGUUUAAAUGGAUCUGUGAGAAGAAACAUUUUAAAUGACUUUAUUAUAUGCAACACAUGUUUAUUUUAAGUGUAGACAUGCAUUUAGGAUCAUGACAUUUACAAUUUUUCUCUUACUUCCUUUAUAAUGUUAAGUCAUUUUUAAUUAAUAAAGUCUUGGAAUCAUU